AUUUACAAACGCGGAUAAAGGAGAAUAAAAAAGAAAAUUGAGAGUGUUUAAACAAUGAUUAUCCGAACGUAAUUUACAGUCAAUUUACAUUUUAACGGUCUGAAAAUAUUUGGUUCCAGUUAAAGUGGGUGUAACAAUUACAUAUAUUUAGUUGAAAAUAAUAAAAUUGUAGUAUUAGUGCUGAUAAAAUCAGUCCGAUAAUAAUGUUUUAAAACGCUUAAUAUAUAUGUUCUUGUUCGUAGUACACUAGAAAUGGAUGCAUGUAGAUAUUUUUUCAACUGAAGUGAGUGACAAAAUUUGAAAUAGAAGGAUAUAUCAGCAAACAAUAGUGUUAGAACGUGCUUGGAUAUGUAUUGAUAUAAACAAAGAUCAAUUUUUAUCAAUGACGCUUGAAAAUCACACUUGAACAAAUUUAUAACAUGCACUUUUUCUCGUCACUGAUGAGAUACAUGUAUACUGUUUUGGCAUGCUUUAUCGAAAACUUGUUAAUUAAAGACUGUCAUGUGUUUAUUAUACCCUUACCUUGCCGUUAUAAUUUGAUAAGUUAUCUGUAAGAAGUGGCGGCGCGCUCUGUAUUCAAUAAAGAGAAAUAUUUGAUAUUGAAGCUCAUAUGAAGUGUUUCCUUAUACAACGGUGAAUACAACUGCCUCUAGAAGCUAUCAAACACCUGAAGUUCCGUGUUGUCUUGACCAGAAAGAAAGCGGAGAACAAAAAAAACGGAUAUAAUUAUGUGAACUGAUUAACUGAAUUUGUGAUAUAAAAAUUGUUAACUUAUUAAUAUUUAAAAUACAGAGUAACGUGAAUCGAAGAAUGGUGAAUGUUUCGAGCAGUAGAAAAGACAAAUUAUGGCUGAACUUACAAAAUACACUGUCCGGAAGUGAUAUUGCAACGUUGUUCACUUUUUUUCUCGACUUCAAAACAAUUUUGUUGUCUGGCUUUUUAACGUAAAAGAGCACAAGACCACAAGCUGACUAACUGUUGCCGAUGUUAAUAUUUUAUUAAGUCAAAGUGACACAAAUGUUCUCAAAAAUCACUACUCCGUCAACAGCCAGCACAACUGGCUCGCCAGUUAAUUGGAUAGAAAUAGUUCCUAUGGUGGCACAAGAACAGAGAAACAAGGAAUGUGCUCAUGGAAAUGGAGAUUGUCGUCUGAUGAGAACGCUCGGAAACGCAACAUUUUAUGACGACAACGUGUGUCCACAGCUUCCCGACAACGAUCAUGAAAAAAUUAAACAAAAAGAAUUGAUUCCUCUUACUAUUUUAAUCCUCUUGACAAACUUACUUGUGAUUUUAUUUAUAAUUCUAAACAAAAGAUUUCAUACGCCGACAUAUAUUUUUGUGGCAUCACUUGGAAUAGCGGAUUUAUUUGUUGGUUUUGUUUCUAUUGUCACCAUAGCAACCAAAGCUAACGAGAAAAAUCAAGAUUUGUGUUUGGCAAGGAUCGGGUUCACCGUUGCAGCCAUUUCCGCCUCGGUUUGGUCUCUUACUUGUGUAGCUUUGGACCGGUAUGUCGCCGUGACGAGAGCGCUGCUGUAUAAAUCAAUUUUGACUAAAAAGAAAACAUUUAUUGGGAUCACGUGGUCUUGGGUAACGUCAAUGAUUGUUGGAUUUCUGCCAUUGGCAGGGUGGAAGAACGAUCCGGAUUCUUACAAGUUUUAUUGUUCGUUCAUGUACGUGCUGCCGAAAUAUUAUAUAGUAUUCAUAUUUAUGGUUUCCGCCGUGAUACCGUUAACAAUUAUGUUCAUAAUAUAUGGAAUUUUAUUUAAAAGUGCACGAUUCCAUAUCAAGCAAAUAGAAAUCAUUGAAAAGAUACAAUCAGAUAAAAGGAACAGCGGAGUGUUUGGGAUUUCAACCAGAAACCUGAGGUCCAUUAAAACAUUAGCUGCCGUUCUUGGUUGUGUGGUAAUAACAUGGCUCCCGUUCCUGGUAGCUUCUACUGUUCAAAUUUUUCAAACUUCAAAAAACUGUUCUUUGCAGGAGAUAAUUGGAACUCAUUUACUGGUACUCGGCUUCUCUAAUUCGUUUCUGAAUCCGCUUAUAUACGCGCUGGGCACCAAGGACUUUAGGUCAAAAGUUGGCCAAGUUUUCAGAAGACGAUGUUACGUAAUAAAUUCAUCUCAAGUGUUUCCAAGGAAUAUGGAAAGACCACAACUGGGUUUACAGAAUAAUGAUCUACCUUAAUACAUUUUAAAUAAACCUGUGUUUAGGACCAUACGUGAAUAAUUACCAUGGAAAAAAUCACAAACAGAAAUCAACAUUUAAUGGCUACCAUUUUAGAUCCGACUUUGAACCGUUCCAAUGUAAAAAUCGUACAUUUGAGAACCCACAUGACAAUUGAAACAUAUCCCAAAUGUCAUUGCUAGACAAGUUUGACAGUGUGCGGCUGACAGAUUUCGUUUAUAAGUAUUUUCUUACAAUUAAUAACUUAGUUUAGAUAAAAGAUUUUCACACUCGUCCGGACAGCAUUUACAUGUAAAUUAUAAAUUAUGUUCCAAAACCAGCGUGUUACUUUUCAAUUUUUAUCAUGAUUAUUGUACGAUUGUUUAAUGCUCCAUUUGUCACCCAAUACAUUUAAGUCUUCACAGAUUGUAUAAAUUAUAUCGACUAUUGUGAUGCAUUAAGAUUUCGUUUGGGUUUUAUAUCACACCGACACUGUCAAGGUCAUGUAGCGACCUUUUAGCUUUGGUGGUGGAAAAAGACCUCGGAUGCCCCUUCGCGCAUUAUUUCAGACAUAAGCGGGCACCUGAGUAGAUCCGCCGACCUUCCUUAAGCAAGCCGGAUAGUUUCUUCACGUCAAAGAAUCCAAAGACAAUAGAGGAAUUCAAACCCAAAAACGAUAAGGGGCAACUCGACCCGUAGGUCCCUCCAAGAAAACUAUUUGUUUUAAUAAUUAUUUUCGUUUUAAUAAUUAUUUUCAUCAUUAAUAUAUCAUCAUUACAUUUCAUCAUUAAUAAUGGACUCAUAUCUUUUAUCUUUAUUCUAUGAAUCAAUUUACAUGCUUUAUUUUUAUGCUUGUAUCAAGUUAGAAUUUCACCAAUGAGCUCAUUAUAAAAGUCACUUGC